GGAAAGCUAACUGCCAGGGAGCGGAUAGAUCUUUUGCUGGAUCCUGGCAGCUUUGUUGAGAGCGACAUGUUUGUGGAACACAGAUGUGCAGAUUUUGGAAUGGCUGCUGAUAAGAAUAAGUUUCCUGGAGACAGCGUGGUCACUGGACGGGGCCGAAUCAAUGGAAGAUUGGUUUAUAUCUUCAGUCAGGAUUUUACAGUUUUUGGAGGCAGUCUGUCAGGAGCGCAUGCCCAAAAGAUCUGCAAAAUCAUGGACCAGGCCGUGACAGUGGGGGCCCCCGUGAUUGGACUGAACGACUCUGGGGGAGCACGGAUCCAGGAGGGCGUGGAGUCCUUGGCCGGCUAUGCAGACAUCUUUCUGAGGAAUGUCACAGCAUCCGGAGUCGUCCCUCAGAUUUCUCUGAUCAUGGGCCCGUGUGCUGGUGGGGCCGUCUACUCCCCAGCCCUAACAGACUUCACGUUCAUGGUCAAGGACACCUCCUACCUGUUCAUUACUGGUCCUGACGUUGUGAAGUCUGUCACCAAUGAGGAUGUUACCCAGGAGGAGCUUGGUGGUGCCAAGACCCACACCACCAUGUCAGGUGUGGCCCACAGAGCUUUUGAGAACGACGUCGACGCCUUGUGUAACCUGCGGGAGUUCUUCAACUACCUGCCCCUCAGCAGCCAGGACCCGGCUCCGGUCCGCGAGUGCCACGAUCCCAGUGACCGUUUGGUUCCUGAGCUUGACACAAUUGUCCCACUGGAAUCGACCAAGGCCUACGACAUGCUGGACAUCAUACACUCUGUGGUUGAUGAGCGUGACUUUUUCGAGAUCAUGCCCACUUACGCCAAGAACAUUGUGGUUGGGUUUGCAAGAAUGAACGGGAGGACCGUUGGGAUUGUGGGCAACCAACCUAAGGUGGCUUCAGGGUUUGUGGAUGACAUCAUCCAGCCUUCCUCCACUCGGGCCCGAAUCUGCUGUGACCUGGACGUCUUGGCCAGCAAGAAGGUGCAACGUCCUUGGAGAAAACAUGCAAAUAUUCCACUGUAGACAAAUCAGAGGAGAAGAAACUGAGAGCUGAAUUACUGUCUGCCCAUUCGUCCCCCUUCCCUGCCUUUUACAAUUGUGAAACCUGGGGAUGUAAAUAUCAGGAAUAACUUAGAUGGCUAUGUUAAAUUCUAGAAAGAUUUCUUUUGUGCCUACUGUAAAAUUAUUUACUGUAUUAAAAAUCUUAACUGGUAUUUUUUA